AACCCUAAACCCUGAGAUCACGCGAGGAAGUGAAUGAAGCUGGGGUGAGCGUGAAAUCAAGCUCUGGAGUAUAGGAUUUGAAGCUUUCUGGUUGGAAUUAGGGUUUUGGGGCGGAGAUCGAAGUAUUUUAGCAAGUAAUGCCGGCAGUUAUGGAGAGGAAUCGUAAGAAAAACAGCCGCUCUGGGACCGUUGUUGCUGAUGAGAAGCUCGGUCCUGCGAAGAAGGUUUUCAAAACACGGCCGUUGACGAAGAAGAAGGCGCAGGCGAAGGCAAAUCUGAAAGCGUCGAGUGAUGGUGAUAAGCAAGGGAGCGAAGUAGCUGUAGUUGACAAAAGCGGUGUGCAAUGGAGGCCCCGGACAGAGCAGACUGAGUGGUUCACAGCCACUUUCCACUCUGUGUUUGGCGCUCUGCUUUCUGCAGCCGAGAAGGAACCUAUUCCAGAUGACAGGAUUGUGGAGCUGACCGAGGAAAUAGAUCGAAGCACGGAAAAAUUAGGAUCGCAUGUAAAACGUGUAAUUGGCCCUAUUUGGAAGGAGUCUCUCUGUACUGUCGAUAAAGAUGGUGAUGCUGGGAGCCCUGUUGUCUUGGUUCUCUGCAGCUCUGCUAUUCGUUGUGUGGAGCUCCUUAGGGGAAUGAAAGCAUUCAUAGGAAAGGUGAAACCUGCCAAACUUUUCGCCAAACAUAUCAAAGUGGAUGAACAGGUAGCGCUUCUAAAGGAACACGUAAACAUAGCUGCUGGAACUCCUAACAGGGUGCGGAAGUUGAUCGACAUAGGGGCACUGGGGACUAGCUGCUUACGUCUUAUAAUUUUGGACAUGCAUGCUGAUGCAAAAGGCUUGACAAUCUUAAGUGUUCCUCAAGUCAUGGCCGAGUUUUGGGAGUUUUAUAGAGCACACUUGCAUCAGCUUUUUCUUACCAAACAGACGCAGCUAAUGUUGUAUUGAAAGCACAACAUUGUUCUCAUGAACCAUGCACAUUGGGUGACUCUCAUUUAAUGGUUCGUAGUUCUUUUCACAAGCUCGUACAUGCUCUAUUCGAGCAAUCAUGGGUAUCAGCAAGGUGAGAGACGGCUGCGCUUUAACUAGGCCUGCCGUGGAAUGUGUUGUACCAAUCAGGUAGCAACAUACAUUCAUUUGAAAAUUUCUCUGGGUGCUGUUCAUAUAAGCCAAAACUAAGCAAGAGAUUCCCAGUGGUAGAUAUCUUGGCAACUCCGCUGAUGUUCCAAAAGUGUUUUCGUAGAUAAUUACAUGUUUUCGACUAAUUCUUUCCAGAUACAGAUGUAAGUCUUCACACAGGCUUGCAAGAUGCAUUAAAGAGAUGUGUAGAACAGCGGAAAUUUUUUAUUCGAUGGUCCCUGGAAAAGUGUCAUUUCGUUUUGUAUAACAAGUGUCUUCAGACUUGGCCCACCCUGUA